AUGUUCUCGUUUGGCAGUCGUGAGAUUUGUAAUCUAUCACUGAAAGAUGACUUCAGCAGCCCAUCGCCAGUUUAUUUACACAAUGGCGAGUUCCUUGCCCCAAAUUCCGCGACAGGUGAUAUUUUAUUACGAAGAUCGGAAAUCGUACAAAUCGCUUGUCCGGGACAUAAGCGUUUUGUUGUGUUGGGAGACGAGCCGACGCAUCUUGACGUUAUGCCAGUCAAAUGCGUCACGGGUAAAACGUUUCGUAGUGACAACGGGUGGAUUGGCGAAUUAAAGGAGGUCACAUGUAACGGACCUCCUUGGUACUCGGCGCAGGAAACGAGACAAUACUGUUAUGGAAAGAACAAAAUCUACAGUGCAGGCUACAAUAUAUCAGGCAAUUUCCAUAAAUUGUACGAUAUUUGCUUCGACAAAAGUCUCUAUACGACGCUCUACUCCAAACAUGAGUUGACGCCGGCCAGUUUUUACAAACAAAUUACUUCCCGCCCUUCGUUUAUAGAGGGUGAUUUAUUUGGCAAAGUGAAGAUGUCCAAGUUAUACAAGAUUGAUCAUCAAAAGAAGCGUUUGCGAGAGAUACUUGGUGAUGGCAUGGACGAGAAGUAUAUAACGAAAAUACAGUUCCUAAAUCGUGGUCACCUAUCGCCCAAAGCGGACUUUACAUUGAGCGCGGAACAACGCGCUUCAUUCCACUAUGCCAACACUGCACCGCAAUGGAUGCGAGGUAACGCCGGCGAUUGGGCGUCUGUUGAAGAUGCAGUAAGACGCCGUGUUCACGACCUGAACACAACGGUAACAUUAUACACGGGCGCUUACGGCGUUAUGACUUUGGCGGAUUCGGCCAAUAAGCAUCGAGAGAUUUAUUUGUCAACCGAUAAAAAUAAUAAUGGUAUUGUACCUGUGCCAUUAUACUUUUUCAAGUUGGUCUACGAUUCCAAGAAGCAGACUGCCAUUGUUUUCGUAUUAAUUAAUUCCACAUAUUACACAGAGGCGAGAAUUGACGAAUUGUCAUUUUGUCAAGAUGUCUGCUAUGAGAACUCCAAAUAUAAAUGGCUAAAAUGGCGGAACGACGGCACGCACAGCUUUUGUUGUGAAUAUCACGAAUUUGUUGAAAAUAUCAACGUCUUACCUCAAUUAAAAGUUAAAGGACUGUUUUAUUAA